UCUUCAUUUUUGUCACUUUCACAUUUUUAUUGAAAACCCACUGUUCCAAGGACAGGAUUAUAGGCUGACAAAAUGUUAAAUUGGCUUUCUGCUUUCUGCUUCAUUGUUUUCUGAAUCUUGGGGAGUAUCCCUUAGAUAAAAAAAAAAUACAUUAUCCUGUAAUUGUGUGUGUGUGUGUGAGCAUGAAGUUAUGUUUAUAACUAAGUCUUAAAGCUCUUUCCUAGCUAAGUGAAUAUUACCUUUAUUUACAUUCCUCAGAUGAAAUGAAGAGAAUCUUACUAGAAUAACUAUUAUCGGUGGUCGUAGUGCUAGGAAGAAAAUGAAAGGAGAAAAUUUCACUGUUUGGAGCUUUUUUUUUCUGGAGGGAUUUUCCAAGUACCCAAGGUUAGAGAUUGUUCUGUUUGUCUUCAGCCUUGUAAUGUAUUUGGUUACCAUCCUGGGUAACAGUACCCUUAUUUUAAUCACUGUCCUGGAUUCACACCUUCAAACCCCCAUGUACUUGUUUCUUGGAAACCUCUCUUUCAUGGAUAUCUGUUAUACAUCUGCUUCCAUCCCUGCUUUGCUGGUGAACUUGCUGUCAUCCAAGAAAACCAUCAUCUUUUCUGGGUGUGUGGUCCAGAUGUACCUAUCCCUUUCCAUGGGGUCCACCGAGUGUAUACUUCUGGCUGUGAUGGCCUAUGACCGCUACGUGGCCAUCUGCAACCCUCUGAGGUACCCCAUCGUCAUGAACAGGCAAGUCUGUGUGCAGAUGGCCACUGUCUCCUGGGUGACGGGCUGUCUGACUGCCCUGCUGGAAUCCAGUUUUGCCCUGAGGGUUCCCCUCUGUGGGAAUGUCAUCGAUCACUUCACGUGUGAAAUUCUUGCAGUGCUGAAACUAGCUUGCAUGAAUUCGCUACUCAUGGACAUGGUUAUGCUGGUGGUCAGUGUUCUCCUCCUGCCCAUCCCAAUGCUCUUGAUUUGCGUUUCCUAUGGCUUCAUCCUUUCUACGAUUCUGAGAAUCAGUUCAACAGAGGGAAGAAACAAAGCUUUUUCAACGUGUGGCGCACACUUGGCUGUGGUGGUCUUGUAUUACGGGGCCGCUCUCUCCAUGUACCUGAAGCCUUCUUCGUCAAACUCACAGCAAAUAGACAAAAUCAUCUCGCUGCUUUACGGGGUGCUUACCCCGAUGCUGAACCCAGUAAUCUAUAGCUUGAGAAACAAAGACGUUAAAGAUGCGGUGAAAAAACUGCUGAGCAAAGUGCCGUUGGCAUCAAGCGUGUGACUCCCCUAGACCGGGGUUCCUGUGACUUUCUCAAGGAGGAGCCAUUGGAAGAACUCGGCAGAGAAACUCUAAAUUCUAAAUGCGGAUUCUGGCCUGAAUAUUAGCUCUGCGAUUCCUCAGUCACAAGGUGUUUGUACACAGACUCAUUCAUUAUGGAUGUGGUAGGUCCCAAGGUUCACUUGCCAAUAUUUAUCUUUGGUGGAAUAUCAAUCACUGUCACUGGGCAUUUGCUCCAAAAGCAAACUUGUUUGUUUGUUUUCUUUGUUUUUUCUUGAGACAGGGUUCCUCUGUAUUGUUUUGGAGGCUGUCCUAGAACUCACUCUGUAGAUCAGGCUGGCCUCCAACUCACAGAGAUCCACUUGUCUCUGCCUCCAGAGUGCUUGGAUUAAAGGCGUGCGCCACCAAUGCCCGGCUUCCAAAAGCAAACUUAAGUGUUGUCAGUGAAUCUGGGUGCCAGAAGAGUAUUUCUUCUUUACUUCAGUCCCUUGUAGAAUGGAGUAGGAGCCUAAAGACACAAAUCAAAGAACUAAAGGAAUAAUAAAGAUAUUGGCGUUGAUUAUCGAAGCAAGGAAAUGAACUCAAAGAAAGAAAUGAAAAGACUUGGUCAACACCAUACUGUGCAGACUUUAAUGACAGUGUCCUUUUGACUUUGGGUCAGAGCUUAUUCUAUUCCAUGGUGGUAGCUUCUUAAAUGCUGAUUUAAACGUCCUGUCUUCCUUAGUAAGGGUCUGAUAAAGGCCUGUUUUACACCUGCCCACCAACUUUGCUUUUUGUAAGCACAUCUAUCUGCUCCUGUGACAUUAUACUAUCUAUAUGUUAAGUCUUUUCCACUCAUUCAUUGCAUGUUUUCCUCCUUUGGAUAGCUGACUUCACAAUGGCUGACAAGGAAGCAUUUGUUCUAGAAAUAACAACAUGUUUUCUUUACCUCAGCCACCCCAGUCUAAUUGUACAAACACU